AUGCUGAAAAAACUAGCAGAAAGUAAAGUAGAAGGUGGUCUGAAUUUGGGGGAUGACUUUGAUGGAUACAGUGACUUAGACAGCCCUAGUGAGUCAGAAGAUGAGGAUGAUGUUGGUUACUUAGUUGCACCACAACACCAUAAGAGGGGGAGAGGGAAACAGAAGCAAAACAACACUGAAACUGAAGAGAGGGAAGCCACUUUUUAUGUUGGGCAACAGUUUGAAAAUCCAAAGACAUUUAGGAAAGCAAUCAUAGAUUAUUCAAUUGAUAAAGGAAGAAACAUUCCAUUUUCUAAAAAUGAUUCCACUAGGGUUUGUGCAGAGUGUGAGCACAAAGAUAAAGGUUGUAAAUGGAGAAUUUGGGCUUCAUGGGAGAGAGGAAGAAGGUCAUUUACAGUGAAAACAUUUGUCAGUGAGCACACUUGUGGUAGGACACCUAUCAUUAAGAAGAUGACUUCACAUUGGAUUGCAGAACACUACCAGAAUCUGUUUAAGGUUAACCCUUACAUGAGAGUGCAAGAUAUUCAGGAAACCAUUUGGUUAGAAAAGGGUAUAAGGGUGAGCAAAGACAAGGCUGCCAGGGCUAGGAGAAGGGGUCAAGCACUCAUUGUUGGUGAAUACAAAGAGCAGUAUGCAUUACUCCCAAGGUAUGCAGCUGAGAUACUAAGAAGCAAUCCAGGGAACACAGUGAAGUUGAAGUUGGAUGCAAAUGUGUUUGACAGACUGUAUUUGUGUUUUGAGGCACUUAGGAAAGGGUUCUUGGCAGGAUGCAGACCUUUCAUAUCACUUGAUGGAUGUUUCUUAAAGGGACCAUUUGGGGGUCAAUUGUUAGUAGCAGUAGGGAGGGAUGGAAACAAUCAAAUGUUCCCUUUGGCUUGGGCUGUUUCUACUGAUUUAGGCACUAGUGAAGGAGCAGGGUACACAUUCAUGUCUGACCAACAAAAGGGUUUACUUGCUGCUGUGUCAAAUGUGUUUCCACAAGCUGAAAGUAGGGUGUGUGCAAGGCAUGUGUACUGUAACUUUAGGGGAGUGUUUGGAGGUGGUUUAGAGUACAGAAAACAAUUCUGGACUAUUGCAAAAAGCAACACAGUAAAUCACUUCAAUGAAAAUAUUGAAGUAAUGAGGGGUAUUUCACAUGAAGCUGCUGAAGACCUACUGAAAAGGAACUACAAGAAAUAG